CUAAAACCGGUGGCGAAGCUCUUCGAGCGUUUAGAUCUCACAUUAAAAGUCGUUUAGAGAUGGCUUUAAAUCACGCCGUACUCAAAGAGGAGGCCAUUCGGGUUCAGACAUCGAUCGACACCAUUAUCGACAUAAUUUACAACAAUCCUAACGUAUUAGACGCCGGUUCCCGCGACUUCUCCUUCACUUUGGCCCGACUUUUCAUCGCAACCACAUUCUUGGAGUCCUCGUGUUUGGUCGGAUCCACAGACUUGGAUGAGAUAACGGCUCUUAGAUGGUGUAAAAGCCAAGAUUUGACACCUUUUCUCACAAACUAUGGACUCAAUUACUAUAACAAGCAAUCCAUCGAAAGUGAUUACAAACUGGUUAUGGAAUCGUAUAAUAAGUACUAAUCCCCUAAUGAGUGAGAUCUAUAUCUACGCUCGACUCCCGCACUGAUUGUUCAAUUACCGUAUUUUAAUACAUUUUACACCAAACAAUCAUUACCGACUCUAAAGCAUG